AUGUCGACUAUCAUUCUCUUAUUGUUGAGUCUAUCCUCCGUUGAUCUUUCUUACCAAGAUCAAUCAACAGCUCGCUUAAGCAAUUUAGGUUAUACGUUCACCCCAUACAGCAGUGCAAGCACUCCACUUCUCACGCUCGCCCAAAGCAGUAUUCUCCGAUGCCACAUGCAGUGCAAUCCAAGAAUCGCCUGUCGACUAUUCGAUUACGAUUCAGACACAAACCAAUGUCGACUCUGGUCAGAUGAUUUGACGACAGGUAUGAUCUCUCUGGCUAUUCCAUCGAAGCCGCAAUCCAGAGUCGGUGUCAUUCGAAUCGCACCAUAUAUAUACACUCCUAUUCACAAUCAACCGUGUGACAAAUGUACUGAGAGUCGAUAUGAAGAGUGUGAUCCAUUCUCUCUCACUUGUCAGUGUCCAUCGGUGACAUUCUGGAAUGGAAAUGUAUGUUCACCUCAACGAUACUUGAAUCAAUCGUGUGCAACCAUUGACAGUUGCCGAUCAGAUCUAGCACUGGAGUGUCGAGAUGUUGGAUGUAAUUCUGUAUUUCAAUGCUUGAAUCAAACAAAUGUCGUGACAGUGGCUGGUUUUUGCAAUGCAACAGUAGGUGGCGGAGCAUAUGGAUUAUCAGGUCCAUGGGGACUGUAUGUCACGUCGAACAAUACUCUGUAUGUGACUGAUUACGAUACUGGUCGAGUGCAAGCGUAUGCACCAUCAUCUCGCUCAGGAGUAACGAUUGCAGAGCUCAGUGGACAUGUUGAAGAUAUAUUCAUGGACAGUAUGGGAUGUAUCUACGUAGUUGAUAUCACCCUCAGCAGUGUGUUUAUUUCGCCAAUGAACACCACGCUCCCAAUUGCUAUACAACGUCCGUGCACUUCGUCUUCAAUUUACGAUCCAUACGGUAUCGCUGUUGAUCGAUAUGGAAAUAUUUAUAUAUCUGAUUUCUAUUGUAAUGUUGUUACGAAAUGGGCACCGAAUACCACCGCAGGUAUAGUUGUCGCUGGACAACUGAACACAGCUGGUAGCACUAGUAGUUUGCUCAAUGGUCCGAAGUUCAUCGCUCUUGAUGAAGUACAUUCAGCACUCUAUGUGGUUGACUACUACAACUGUCGUGUACAGAAAUUUCUGCUGGGAGUCAGCACAGUAGGCACUACAGUCGCCGGCGGCAACGGAUAUGGUACAGGCUUGAAUCAGCUGAAGAAUCCAUCAGGAGUGUGUGUAUUAUUGAAAGAUCAGUCGGUGUAUGUGGGUGAUCAAGACAAUCAUCGAGUGGUGAAGUGGGUAGUGAAUGCUACGCAAGGUUCGAUCGUUGCUGGCGUGACAGGAGUAGCAGGCAACACGUCAUCACUUCUGAAUACGCCUGGUGAUUGUGCUUUUGAUCCAACAGAGACAUUUCUUUAUGUGGCUGACUAUGGUAAUCAUCGAGUUCAACGUUUCUCCUUAUGA